AUGAAGAUUGACGAUAUCAAGGCCUUGGAGAAGGUUCUGGCGGGCGACUUCCGCUCGAUUGAGCCCCACCUCCAGGCCCUCGACAAGCACCUCAUCCUCCGCACCUAUCUUGACGGCUACACUCUCUCUGAGGUUGACACCAAGAUCUGGCAGGUUCUCCGCAGUAAUCGCGCUGCCUUCUCCUUCAUCAAGCGCGGCAACCUUGUCAAUCUCACGCGAUGGUUCAACUUCAUCGAAGACAACUACCCUGAGAUCCAGGAGGAGAUCAAGGCUCGGGAUGCUGCAGCAAAGGCCAAGGUCGCUGCGGCCAGUAAGGCUGGUGGUAGCUAUAACCUAGCGCUCCAGGACACGGAUAAGGGCGUUGUGACCAGAUUUUUGCCCGAGCCUUCGGGCUACCUUCAUAUCGGCCACGCCAAGGCCGCUCUGCUCAGCGAUUACUUCGCGCAUAUCGCCUAUAAUGGCCAGCUGCGGCUACGCCUCGAUGACACCAACCCGUCCAAGGAGAAACAGGAGUACCAAGAUGCCAUUAUCGAGGAUCUCGCCAUGAUGGGCAUCCGCCCCGACUCCGUGACCUACACCUCGGAUUACUUUGACUACCUGUAUGAGAUGUGCAUCAGGCUGAUCAAGGAAGGACAUGCCUAUGCCGACGAUACCGACCAGGAGACUAUGCGCGAUGAGCGUUUCAAGGGCAUUGCGUCCAAGCGUCGUGACAGGUCGGUUGAGGAAAACCUGCGCAUCUUCGAAGAGAUGAAGAAGGGCAGCGAGGAGGGUCUUCGCCACUGCAUUCGUGCCAAGAUCUCUGUCGACAACCCGAACAAGGCCAUGAGAGAUCCUGUCAUCUACCGCUGCAAUGUUGAGACCCCUCAUCACCGCACUGGCACCAAGUGGAAGAUGUAUCCCACAUACGACUUUGCUUGCCCCAUUGUCGACAGCUAUGAGGGUGUCACCCACGCCAUGCGCUCGACCGAGUACACCGACCGCAACCCUCAAUACCAGUGGUUCCAAGAUACCCUUAAGCUCCGCAAGGUUUACAUCUGGGAUUUCGCCCGUAUGAACUUCAUCAAGACCUUUCUCUCCAAGCGCAAGCUCGCGAAGCUGGUCGACACCGGUCGUGUCUGGGGCUGGGAUGAUCCACGUAUGCCCACCAUUCGUGGCAUUCGCAGGCGCGGUAUGACGAUCAACUCCCUCCGCGACUUCAUUCUCAAGCAGGGUCCUAGCCGUAACAUCGUCACUAUGGACUGGACCACAUUCUGGGCAAACAACAAGAAGGAGAUUGACCCCAUCGCCCCCCGCUACACCGCUGUCCUACAGAAGGAUGUCGUUAAGGUAACUGUUACGGGUGCUGAGGCGCCGGCGGAGCCCUACAAGUCUGAGAAGCCUCUGCACCCCAAGAACAAGAACGUGGGCACCAAACAGGUCGUCUACGCUUCCGAAAUCCUGAUUGACCAGGCCGAUGCGAAGAGCUUCAAGGACGGUGAGGAGAUCACGCUCAUGUCGUGGGGAAAUGCCUUCGUCCGCAACAUCCCGAGUGCUGAUCCCAUCCCCACGCUCACCUGCGAGCUCAACCUGCAGGGUGAUGUCAAGACUACCGAGAAAAAGAUCACAUGGCUGGCGUCGAAUCAGAAGCUGGUUCCCGCUGAGCUGUGGGACUUCGACUACCUCAUCACCAAGGACGUCCUGCAGGAGGAUGACAACAUGGAGGACUUCUUGAACCCCAACACCGCGACAAUGGAUGAUGCCUGGUGCGACGAGGCCGCUGCUGUCCUGAAGAAGGAUGAUAUCAUUCAGCUCGAGAGGCGUGGCUACUACCGGGUCGACAAGGGUCUGGACGACUGGAAGGAUGGCGAGGAGGGUCCCAAGGGUAAGCGUCUGGUUCUCUUCUGCAUCCCUACGGGCAAGACUGGCCCGAAAUAA